AAAUCCCACAAAAUGGACUCAUAAUUCAGAUUUAGACUCAAAUAUGAGCAUAUACCAAGCCUAAAAAGCUUUUUUUGUAAAUAUAUCUUAAGAAUUUUAAGUGAUGGCUAGCGAGAGUUCUCCUGACCCUCCCCCAUCGGCGGAAGAAAGUGAUUCUUUGGAGCGUAGCAUCAAGAGAAUCAAGGAUGAUCGUCCUUCUACGCUGAGUUCCGAACCCCCAAUACCAGGAGUUGUCCCCCCAAAUCAGAAAAGUUUCAAGGAUAUGCUCAUUGAUGGCGGUGCAGACCCAAUCCCUUCCAUGAUCACGGUCGAGGAGCUCAUGGCUGCAGGUGAUAAAGUACAAGCGCAGGCCCCAAUGAUGGCCAAUGAUGUUGCUGGAGUCCCAAAAAAAUCUAUUCCUAAGGCCUACAUCCCAAAAGCAAUUUGGCAAAAACUUUGUGCUCCAUGGAAGAAUUCCUUGAUUGUUAAUCUAUUGGGGAAACGAGUUAAUUAUCAUCUUCUGUGCAACAGGCUGGUGCGUGAAUGGAGAACGGAAGAUGAGUUUGAGGUAAUUGAUAUUGGCAAAGGCUUCUAUGUUGUUAAGUUUUCCUCUCCAGAGGAUUGUUCCAGGGUCUUAAUUGGUGGCCCUUACAAAUUUUUUGACCAUUAUUUGGCUGUUCAGCCAUGGGAACCCAACUUCCAGCCGUCCAGGGCAAAGUUGCCCAAAACAGCAAUAUGGGUCAAACUUUAUGAAGUCCCAAUGGAGUACUAUCAUGAAGCAGCUAUCCUUUAUCUUGGGAAUAAACUUGGCAGAGCCAUUAAGGUGGAUAGAACAACACUCCUAGCCACGAGGGGUGAAUUUGCACGGGUUUGUGUGGAGGUUGAUUUAAAUGAAUCUCUUCCAUCUAUGAUAGCUUUAGAUCUUGAGGAGCUUCCUCAAUCGUUGAUUUUGGUGGAGCAUCCUCUGCCACCGCCAGCACCUACAGGAGGCACGGCGAUCAUCCAUGAAAACCUCAGUAUGCAACACCUGGCGGAGCACAGCCACAUCCCGGAUUUAUCGGAUAAUUGCAUGACUUAUGGGUCUUGGAUGGUAGCUAAACGGAAACCACGGAAGGUUGUGAAGCAAAGAUCCUCUUCUGAUCCUACCUCUAGCCCGGGUGGGACACAUCUAGUGGAUAGUGAUAGGCGUGGGAAUCAUGCAAAAUCAAUUAGCCAGUUAACGCCUAAUUCCGUGCGGAAUAAUAAUAGUAACAGAUUUGCAGCAAUUGCUGUGGAGGAUGAUUCCUCGGGACGAAUCCCAAGUAUUGUGGAGGUGAACUCGGCAAGUAUUUCAGUGGAUAAGGAAACUGCACCAGAACAUUUUGAUAUGGAAGUGGCUCCGUAUUUAUCGACGCAAUCACAGAGGUUAGGGUCUGCACCUGAGAGCUCUAAAGUCCAAUCUAAGUGGGCUCGUAAGAAGGAGAAAUCCAAGGACGUGUUAGGCCCGGUUUCUAAACCCCCUAAGUCCACAGGGUCCAAGUUUUUGGACUCAAAUAGGAUACGGGAGUCCAUAAAAAAUAAUAGCAGCCGGUUGGUGAAUGUAACAGUUGCAGCCUCACCUCUUGUUAUAAAGGGUUCCUCCCCGCAAGCCACUCCAAGACUAACUCCAGUUAAUCCCAACUCAGAUUUGCCUAAUACUGAGGUGAUCCCAUUGCCCACUUUCACUGGUGAAGCAACAGAACAUGGGCCGGGAAACAUAAUAGGUAAUGGUGGGACUGAUGAUAAUGUGCUGGUGACUGAUACUACACCAGCUGUUACCUCCAAUGAUGGUGUUCCUCAGACUAAAGCAGCCUUUGGCUCAACCAAGUUGAAUUUUAUGCGCCGUCGCGGGUAUGAUAUGCACUUUCAAGUGCCCGCAGCUGGUUUUGCUGGGGGAUUGUGGUUAUUCUGGAACUCUUCAGCAAAACUUUCAAUACUUUUCUCUACUAGUCAGGCUAUACAUUGUGCUUUGCAAGAAUGGAGUAGGGAACAUUCUGGUGCAUGGGUUCUCAUGGGUGACCUAAAUGAUAUACUUUCUAUGGAUGAAAUCUCUCCCCGUACCACCUCAGUUUUCCAUAGAACACAGCGUUUCAGGUGCUGGUUAGAAAGCUGUGGUUUAAUGAACAUGGAAUCAUUAGGGUGCAAAUUUACUUGGUGCAGACUCAGGAAUGGGAGAGUGGUUUUACGUGAGAGGUUAGACCGUGUGCUCUUUAACUCAGGUGCACAAAUCCUCUUGCAGGGGGCCAAAGUUUUUACUCUGCCGCGUAUUCAUAGUGACCAUCAUCCUAUACUACUUGAUUUGGACACAGCAGCUUCCCAAAUCCCUGUUAACAAACCUUUACGCUUUGAGGCGGCUUGGUUAUCAAGAGAUGAGUUCCGAUCAGUUUUUCACGAGGCCUGGAGUCAACAUGCUAGCCAGCUACCAGUGGCCAUUCACCACACCAAAGAGGCUUGUAACUCGUGGGGCAAGUCUGUUUUUGGAAACAUUUUCAAGAAGAAGCGACUGUUGCGAGCUAGGAUUACAGGAAUUCAGAACUCUCCUCGUUAUUAUUCUUCUUCGCAGUUACAAGCUUUGGAGCAAGAGCUUCUUGAUGAAUAUCAACAAAUUCUAUAUGAAGAGGAAUUGCUUUGGUUCCAAAAAUCGAGGGUGGAUUGGAUUGCAUCUGGUGAUAGGAAUACUUCUUUUUAUCACUUAUCUACCAUGGUGAGACGUAGCAAGAACAAAAUUGGGGCGCUAAAGAUAGGAGGAGAAUGGAACAUGGACCCUGACGCUCUAAAAUCUCAUGUAAGAAAUUUCUCCAUGGAGUUGUUCAUUAGCAAGGACACAGCCCCCUCCUCGGAAGAUCUCUUUGCUUUUCAGCAUACUAUACCUAUAGAGCAGCAUUCGUUAUUGAUACAGCCAGCCACAUUAGAGGAAGUUCGAGCUGCUCUAUUUUCGAUGAAAGGAUUGAAAAGCCCAGGACCAGAUGGUAUACAGGCACUUUUCUACCAACAGCACUGGGAUACGGUGUCUAGAACCUUCCUAGAUUUUGUGAACCAAGCUCUAUUGGAGGGAUGUUUUGAUCCAGUUCUAACCAGAGCAUAUGUGGCAUUGAUCCCCAAAGAAGACUCGCCAGAUGUCAUUCAAAAGUUUAGGCCUAUAAGCCUUUUGAAUGUUGCAUAUAAGGUGCUAUCAAAAUUGAUCGUCAAUAGGCUCUGCCCUCAUCUUCAGAAGAUCGUUGGUCCCCACCAGAGUAGCUUUUUAGCUGGCAGAAGUACAGUUGACAAUAUUAUCUUGACCCAAGAAGCAGUUCAUUCCAUGAAACGGUUGAAGGGUAGGAGAGGUGCCAUGGUACUUAAAAUUGAUCUACAUAAGGCUUUUGACAGUAUUGAUUGGGGAUUCUUAAGACAGGUUCUUACUGACUUCAACGUUCCUCAACAGCUUAUUAAUCUUAUCAUGUUCGCCGUGACCUCUGUCCAGCUGGAGAUUCUGUGGAAUGGUGAACCACUACCUUCAUUUCGUCCCAUGAGGGGGCUAAGACAAGGAGACCCAUUAUCACCGUAUCUUUUUAUUCUAGUGAUGGAGAAGCUAGCCCACAUGAUCCAGGGAAGAGUAUUUACCAAGGACUGGAAACCUUAUAAGUUGUCUCGUGGGGGUGAUAAUGCUUUAUGGUGCAAAGCCAUGCGAGACAAAUAUCUCCGUGGCUCUAAGCUCCUAGAAGCUAGGGGGACCCGAGGCUCAUCCUUUCUGUGGCGCGGAGUUUUACAAUGUUGUUCUGUGUUACAGCUUGGAAUUAAAUGGCGGAUAGGAUCUGGGGAAUCAGUUAAUUUCUGGACAGAUACUUGGGCUAGUCAUAAGCCUCUUCUUAAUGCUAGUAACGCAGGGGUGUCUCUCAGUCUCCUUUCCAUGACAGUAGCUGAUGCAAUCACCCUGGGCAAGGAGUGGAAUCUGAACACCUUGUAUAGCUUAGUCUCGGAGGAAGCAGUUGAGAUUAUUAGAGCAAUCCCUCUAUCCAAAAACUUGCAAACUCCGGAUAGUAUUUUUUGGGAUGGCACAACAGAUGGCUCCUUUACAGUUAAAUCUGCCUACCAUCUCAUUCAGGCCAUGAAAGCUGGUGAAAGAAGAGAGCCAGAUAAUCUAGCUGCUGCACUCCUGUCAGAUAUUAGGGACUUGAUGGCACAGUUUGAAUCUUGCAUGUUGCAACACGUCUUACGGGAAGGGAAUGCUGCAGCUGAUUUUCUUGCUUCCCUUGGACACACAUCACCCCCAGGCUUAAGUAUCUUAGACUCACCACCGACUGGUCUUCGACCUAUCCUUUUAGGGGAUCAGAUGGGGGCUAGUUUCCUCAGACUCUAGUUUUGCUGUUUCUUAGCUCUCUCACUGAUGUACCGAAAAACCAAGCCUAAAAAGCUCCAUUUUGGCCAGAGAUUCUUGAUGUAUUUCGAUCAGAUCUGGCAAACCCACAGGCCACAGCCCUCCAAGCGCAUACCAACGCACAUGAAGAAACCUCCAAUCGUAUA